UCCUGAGGGAGGCCAUUCUGCUGGUGACUACUAUGGGUCUUUCUCUACCAGUGUUCCUGCUCCUGCUUGGUCUUUUCACGGGGACAGGGGUUUCCGGACAGGACCCAGACCUUGUGACGGUAACUGGGACCCUAGGGGGGUCUGUCACUCUGCCUCUGCAGCUACAGGCUGGACAGCCGGUGGAGAGCAUCUCUUGGAUGUCCCGUUCCUCCUCCAUGGCCAUAGCCACCGUCACCUUGGCAGAAGCAGGAGGGCCAGACGCCUUCCACCAGGCAGACACCCGGUACUGGGGUCGUGUGAGUGUGGUGGGGCCAGGCUUCUCGCUUCAGAUCAGCAACCUGAGCUGGAACGACGCGGGGCCCUACCGAGCCCACGUGAACCUGAGGGGCUCCCGCAUCACUCGCACGCAGGAGUACCGACUGCAAGUGCACGAGCAGCUGGCCCAGCCCCGUGUCACACUGAGCUCCAGGGUCGGCGAGAAUGGACACUGUAUCUUCAUCCUGACGUGUGCGGCCGACAGCAGAAGAGGCUCUGUGACCUACAGCUGGCUACCUCGGGGACCCCGGACGGUUGUGUCCCAUGGAGGGUCUGUCCUCAGUGUUUCCUCAGGGCCCGAGGACAGGGCUCUGACCUUCACCUGUGUGGUCAAGAACCCAGUCAGUAACAGCAGCUCCCUCCCCGUCUCAGUGCCGUCUUCAUGUUCAGGGCCAGGAAUCCUGGGAGGGGAGACCGUGGGGGAGACAGUGACCGGUCUCCUCUGGGACUUGGCCAUUUUGCCCCUGGAGCUCCCAGCUGGGCAGGAAGUGGAAAGGGUCACCUGGAGCUCUGGAGGGCUUGCUGCCGUUAUGCAACGAGGGCCAGGAGGCCAGCCCAUCCUGGCUGCCGGGACUCAGACACUGAGCAGCAGACGGUGGCAUGCCCUCCCCGACAGCUACUCUCUUCAGAUCAGGCCCCUGACACUGCAGGACUCUGGCCUCUACAGAGCCUGGAUCACCCUGCAGAGUCCCCCAAUCAACAUCACCAAGGAUUUCACCCUGCGUGUCUAUGAGAAGCUGCAGGAGCCCAAUAUCACUGUCAGCUCCCAGAUCAUGAAGGAUGGGACCUGCUACCUCACUCUGAUCUGCUCCCUGCAACAGGCCGGAGAGGACGUUCAGUACAGAUGGGCACCCCUCGGCCAGGGGGCAGUUAUGUCCCACGGAGGAACCACUCUCCACGUCUCCUGGAGACCGGGGGCCAGUGACAGCUAUCGCUGCACUGCCAGCAACCCUGUCAGCCAGAGAUCCAGCUCCAUCCCCGCAGGGCCACUCUGCUCAGCCUCCUUCCUACUCUGCUCCUGGAAGAAGGAAUUUCUUCUCAUUUUGAUCCUGGGAGCUUUGCAGAUUGAGUAGAUUAACUCUGACAAGUGGAGAAGCCAAGAGGACUGUGAGAAGGUGUCACCCUGUGAGACACAGAGAUAAAGAAUUCUGUCCCUGAAGCGCCACCUGCCAGCAUCUCCUGGCGAGAGAGAAAUCAGUCCCUGUUAAUACAUAAAACCUAUUUCAUUUACAUACAGUUCAAAAUUGUCAAGAAACUGCUACCUAUCGUCUGUUUAAAAUAACCUGCUUAUGUUUUAUUUAAUCACCUUUUAGAAUGUUCAGACAGAAAAGAGGAGUUAUUCAUUUAUUCAUUUAAGAAAAGUUGCAUG